ACGAAGUGUCAAGGAAAAAUAGUAAACUACGAAUGCGACCCAGUCCACCUAGACGGUCUAAAAAAUCUGAACGAGAUCGGUCUUUUAAGUAGCAAUCGCCAUCCCUUUCAAAAUGAAAGUUACCCAAUAAAUGGAGCGAUAUCCACAACGGGAAACUUUAAUUUGCAAUACUUGGACUUGAGUUAUAAUUACUUAACGAAAACAACCGUGCUAGAAACGAUACGGUGCUUGUAUUAUCAGAAUUAUAUGCUAGGAAACGAUAAAACCAAAGGUCUUCUACAUAUUUUGUUGGAGGGAGAAGGUAUUGAACGCGAGAACGAUAAAGAUUGGAUGACGUUCGAAAAACUGUUACAAACUAGAAGAGAAGAAAAACCUUUUUCAGGAGAUGUUUUUCGAGAAUUCGUGACAGAGGAAAGCGAAAUCUUACGACAAAACAUUAAACCUUAACCUAAUAAAGGCUAAAUAUUUAAAGACAUUUUAAAAAGCCCGCCAAAAUAAAAUCUGGUAUAUGUGGCGCCGCCUAGCGUGAAGUUCCAAAAUGAGCUUUUUGGUUUCGCCACCAGGGAGCGCAAAACUUUCAUCGAACUGUAGAUCGUCAUUUUGCUGACAGAUGGCGCCACUGAUCAGAAAAUUUUUUUCCUUUCAAGAUCGAGAAGGAAUAACAUUACCGAACAUUAAUAUUAAUUGUAGUUCCGUGGUAAUAUACUGAUUAAUUCAAAGCUGAAUUAUAUUAUCAUCGUUGUUUCUAAUUUUCCGGGUUUUUCACGUGUUUGUCUCAAGCUACAUGUACAAUGGAAUUAAUGAAUUUGAAAUCAUUCGCAUUUGUAGCUUUAUCUCAUCGGACAAGAGCUGCAUGUCCACGGGGUCAUUGUGCGUAUAACCCUGGCCUCACUG